AUGGUUGAUGAAACAAGGGAAAAGAAUCAAUCUACAGUGAUGAAUUCUAAUGUUGUACUUAAUAUUCCUAUUAAUCUUGUAAUUCAUCCAUUGGUUUCGAAACCUUCCUAUAUUAUUAAGGAGGCUAGCAUUGGGGUUCAGGUUCAAUACUUUGAGAGAUUCUUGCAUGCUCACUUUGCAUCAAUUCUGUUUAAGAAGUUUAAUGAAUCGAUGGAUUUGUUUACAAAGGAUCAAUUGGUAAUUCAUGGAAAACAUAUUGAAGCUCCAAGAAAAACUCUAUCCUAUUCAGAUUCGAAUAUUGUAUACUCUUAUUCUGGAAUGCAGAGAUCGUCAAUACCUUGGUUUCCUGAAUUGCUCAAAUUGAAAACCUUGAUUCAAGAAAAGACAGGUGAGGUUUUUAAUUAUGCUCUUGUAAAUGUGUACGAUAAUGGCAAUGACUAUAUUGGCUGGCAUUCAGAUAAAACAAAAGAUUUGGUCGAAAAUUCUUCCAUAGUUUCCUUGACACUUGGAGAAACAAGACCAUUCCAAUUUAAACCAUCAGAAGGCAAACAGAAAAAUUCUGACAAAUCUAUCAUUACAAAAUAUCUGCCAAAUGGUUCAAUGAUAAUUAUGAAUUGGAAUACACAGUUUUACUACAAACAUUGUCUACCAAAGAGAAAAAACAUUUCAAAACAGAGAAUUAACAUUACUUUUAGACAUGUGAAGGUGUAG